UCAACGUUCCCAUAUCGAUUACUUGACGAAUUCGCGACAUCCGCGCUUCCAGUCAGCGUUUCGUCGUAUUGUUGCACGCCUGUCCAAAGAUUGGCACUUCCGAGACCUACCUGGUUUUUGACUGACUCAGACCGCGUGACGCUGAUUUGUUUGCCUCUUUUCAUUCCGCCGAAUCGCAGGGCGUCAACACUGUGAAGUGAUAAAAAAACGCCAACGCCGAAUUAACCACUGGUGAAAACGCAUUAAAUCCGCGGGGAAAUGUCUAAGGAUAAAUAGCGCGAAACAAUGAAGCGUAAACUUGAAAAUGUACUUGUGUAGAUGGGAAUGGCAAAAUUGCUUCAGCAAAAUGUCGAUGUAGGCAAAGUUGUUUUCGCGAAUAUUUAACAAGCUUGGGAUUAGCCUGGUAAUCGUUGUUACUUGAACCCGGUCAUCGGCGAAAAAUUGCACCGUGUUACGAAACAGUACCAGAGCAAUUGCGCAUCACGGGAAAUGACUCAUCGGACGAGUCGAAACAUGUCCAGGGGGCUUCGACGCGCUGACGCAUGCCCAGAAAUAGACCGAUAACUCAGGGGAAUUUUCAAACGAUUCGCGGAACCAACGAUGAGUUUAGCCAAUGAGGAGCGAGGCAUAAACCACACUCUGAAACCGUGAUUAGAUAUGCCGGGAGUAUAAGAGCCGAGUGCUUCUCGGUGAUGAGCAGUGCUACGUGAACCGUCAUUCAGUCAACUAACGAAGGCUUUGCUCAGUACUUUUUGGCAUUCUUCAAGUGAUAUCACACGCUUCCCUCUCGCACGUGAACCACUGCAGAGUGAUUAUCGAGACAUCACACUCGUUCCACGUCCCGUUCGACAUCGUCGAGAUGGUGAUGGUCGUUGCACCGCGCAUUGAGCAGCCUGCGCCGGAGGGCGUACCAGCUGAGAACUGGGCAAAGAAGUUGUACCACCAAGCAGAUGAAGCCCAACAGCGAGAAGGCAAUCAAUCCGACUCUUUCUCUGGCUUUAACGUGACCUGUGACCGGUCUUUUCACACCUCGAGACUUCCGGACGGGAAUAUUCCAAGUCUGGAAACUUCACCACACCCCCCAGAUCCCGUAGAGUCUGCAGAAAAUUGCGACGAACCUCUUCGUCAGGAACAACACGGGCCACACUCGGCAUGGCGGCAGGAAGCUGCAGAUGACGAAGACGCUAGCUCGUCCUCGUGCUCGUCGUCGUCGUCGUUCUGUUAUGACGAAGAGUACGCCGAGUGCAGAGAACUUCCUAGAGCACCGAGUGGCCAUCCACCUCCGGAACAUUUCCCUCCACCAGGACAUCCACCUCCUCCACCUCAUCACGGACAUCCGCCACCUCCGCCGCCGGUUCAUCACGGAUUCCAUGGACCUCCUCCCCCUCCUCAUCAUUACGGUCACUAUGGACCACCCGGUCCGCCACCUCCACCUCCCGGUCACCACGGAUUCUACGGGCCGCCAGCUCCACCUCCCCCACCGCAUCACUACCAUCGUCAUGAACCACCUCCAUCAUCUCAUCACAGACAUUUUGGACCACCGGGUCAUCCGCCACCUCCACCUUCGGGUCACCAUGGAUUCCACGGACCCCCACCCCCACCUCCACCUCCUCCACCGCAUUUCUACCAUCAUCAUGGACCACAUCAUCAUCCUCCACCUCCACCACCUCCUUUUCCACACUAUGGGUACCAUGGUUCAGGCCAUCCUCCACCCCCACCUCCUCCUGGUCACCUUGAUCAUCAUGGACCAGCUCAUCAUCCUCCUCCUCCUCCUCCUCCUCCUCCUGGACAUCAUGAUCACCAUGGUCAUCAUGGGAAAGGCCAUCAUCCAUUCCCACCUCCACCUAGUCAUCAUGAUCAACAUGGAGCAGCUCAUCCUCCGCCUCCUCCCAGUCAUCAUGAUCACCAUGGUCAUCAUGGGAAAGGCCAUCAUCCAUUCCCACCUCCACCUAGUCAUCAUGAUCACCAUGGAGCAGCUCAUCCUCCGCCUCCUCCCAGUCAUCAUGAUCACCAUGGUCAUCAUGGGAAAGGCCAUCCUCCACCUCCACCCAGUCAUCAUGAUCACCAUGGACCAGCUCAUCCUCCACCUCCUCCCGGUCAUCAUGAUCACCAUGGCCAUCAUGAGAAAGGCCGUUCCCCACCCCCACCCCCACCUCCACCUAGUCAACAUGAUUACCAUGGAUCAGCUGAUCCUCCACCUUCUCCCGGUCAUCAUGAUCACCACGAUCACCAUGGGAAAGGCCAUCCUCCUCUUCCACCUUCCCCUUGUCGGCAUCAUGAUCGUCAUAUUCACAAUGGGCCAGCUCAUCCUCCUCCUCCGCCUUCUUCCCCUCAUCGCCGUGAUCACCAUGGAGUACGGCAUCAUCCACCACCACCAGCUCGUCGUCAUCGCCGUCACAGUCAUCAUGGCCAUCAUGAAAACAGUGGCCAUCAAGGUCACCAUGGCCAUCACGGACCACCAAGGCCAAGACAUCGUCUUUCCCCAGGGCAGCAUCCGCCAUACGGUCGUCACGAGGAUUCGAACGAACCACCACGCGAUCGCAAAGGCGAUAAGAACGGAGGUCAUCACGGGCAUCGCCGUAACCACGGUCAUCAGAAGAAUACCGAAGACUUCGGGGAAUCAAGAUACCGUACGGAAUAGGAAUCGUUCGGUUGUACCAAAGGCUAAGGGCCUUUCCAGCAAUGGCUGGAUAUAUUGUUACGUGAUCGGAACUGCGAGCUAUUGCAUAUACUACUCUUAUAUUCAUAGAUGUACUCGGUUAAUCUGAUGCUCAAGGAAGGAGGCAUGUUUCCGUUUGGAGAAUACAGCUGCUGUUAUUAAUAUCGCGUCGAAGGAUACCUCGGUGAAUGAUCACGUUGAAGUUAGCAACGUUACCGUAACGAUUCAUACCAAGAAAAAAUCGUUAUUUCGGAUAUUUUGGAACUGUUUGAAAUUCAGUAAACCGUGAUAAAACAAAACAUACUCAUAUUUUGCAAUAUUAGUUCGUUAAAAAUUAUUGUAACAAAUAAAAAAAUAACGUUAUUAACUUCAACCUCUCGGUGAAUGCAACUUCAGCAUUAAUGCAUUAUUUACAUAUUCAACUUGGCAUACGAUGUAUACUCAAUGUUUAUUAAUCCUGCUACUCGUACAUCGAGCAGAGAUAGCAUAUUAUAUUACACAUACGUACAUAUAUAAUAUACGUAUAUUUCUAACAAUUAUUACUAUAUGGGAUAUGGAUCAAUAAAGGUUAAAUACAAUCAAACAAA